AUGGAAGUAGCCUUUAUGAUGAAAAAGAAUGUUCUAACCCUUGUCCUAGUUGGAAUUAUAGCAGGGGCCUUGCCAAGAUGCAUAGAAGCUCAACACUGUGGUUGCGCCACACAUCAAUGUUGCAGCCGAUGGGGCUAUUGCGGCACUAGCAAAGACUAUUGCGGCACAGGGUGCCAGGAGGGUCCUGGUUACACCUUACCUCCAAUUAAUCAUGUUUCAUUGCCUUUUUUGACACAAAAAUUGUUCAAUGGGAUAAUUCAUCAGGCCGAUGCCAGUUGUCCUGGAAAGAAAUUUUACACACGAGCUGCGUUUCUUGAUGCUCACAAUUCAUUUUAUGAAUUUGGUAGGAUUGGUUCGGUUGAUGAUUCUAAGCGUGAGAUUGCAGCCUUCUUUGGCCAUGUUACACAUGCGAUUGGACAUUUUUGCUAUAUAGAGGAGAUAGAUGGUCCCUCCAAGAAAUACUGUGACGAGGUAUACACAAAAAGUUAUCCCUGCAAUGCCAACAAACGUUAUUACGGUCGUGGACCACUUCAGCUAACUUGGAAUUUCAAUUAUGGAGCAGCAGGAAAGAGCAUUGGGUUUGACGGGUUAAACUCUCCUGAAACCGUGACAAAUGAUCCUGUUAUUUCAUUUAAGACAGCCUUAUGGUAUUGGAUGAAAUUUGUUCACCCCGUCAUUGGCGAAGGAUUUGGGAAAACAAUUCGAGCCAUUAAUAACCUUGAAUGUGAUGGGCGAAACCCUGCAAGAGUAAAAAAGCGUGUUGCGUAUUACAUUGAAUAUUGUAAACAACUUAAUGUUUCUCCUGGCAACAAUCUCACUUGCUAG